AUGAAGUUGGUUCGCUUUUUGAUGCGGCUGGCCAACGAGACGCUGGUCUUGGAGUUGAAGAACGGCACAGUGGUGCACGGCACCAUCGUGGGCGUGGACGUGGCCAUGAACACGCACUUGAAGAACGUUAAGUUGACUGUCAAACACUCCAACCCAGUUUCUAUGGACCACCUCACCAUUCGAGGCAGCAACAUUCGCUACUUCAUUCUCCCGGACUCUUUGCCUCUCGACACUUUGCUCAUAGACGACACUCCCAUCCAGCGGCCUCCCCGCGAGACGG